UACUCACAGGUUGUCGUAACUUGCUCAGUACAAUUUCUCUUCGGUGACUACACUUAAAUUGUGUCUCAAAUACAUGGAUUUUCGUCAACAAUGAUGUUAAUAAUUUUCUUCAUCUACAUACCUUUGGUUUACUCAGAGUUACACAGCUUGAUCAGCACAUACACUGGAAUAAGCGGACAGACGGCUGCAGGAACUCCAGAGUUUUCUGCUGUAACGACACUGGAUGGAGAACAGAUCGAUUAUUAUGACAGUAACAUAGAGGAGCUGAUUCUCAGACAGGACUGGAUGGAGAAGUUUACAUAUAAAGACAUGUGGAAAGAAGACACUGAGAUCAGAAAACAUGUACAGCAGAUCUACAGAAACAACAUUCCUGUUCUAAUGCAGCGAUUCAAUCACACACACGGUGUUCAUAAGUAUCAGAGGAUAUAUGGAUGUGAAUAUGAUGAUGAGACUCGAUUCUUACAAGGGUUUGAUCGGUACACUUAUGAUGGAGAGGAUUUCAUCAUACUGAGUGUGAGGGAGCGCAGAUACAUCGCACAUGUACCACAGGCAAUACCCACAGUGGACAAGUGGAAUAAAGACGAAGAACGGUUUAUAUUGCUGAAACGAUACUACGAUCAUGAGUGUGUUUACUGGCUGGAAUAUUUCUUGGCGUUGAGGGAACCGGGUUACAAGAGAAAAGAAUCUCCAAGUUCAAACUCAUUAGCACUGAUGAUAUGUGUGAUGGGAGCAUUGACAGUUCUGGUUAUUGCUAUAUUCUUUAUUGGCAAAAAACGAAGCAGGUUUAAGCGGGUAUGUAGUCGAGAAGAGUUCUCGACUACAUACCCUUCCUACUUCGACAAAAGUCUAUGAAGAGUGUCCUCCAGCACUUUCUGCAGAUUUCAGUCCGGUUUUGAAUCUUCAGGAUGAGGGAGAACCGAUAUUUCCAUCAUGCUUGUGGGACACGUUUCAGUGUUGAUUAAUAUUCAUGAGCAUGGAGAUCGUGGAAUUGUUUUCCCAAAGAAAAAGAACAUCAAGACACUGUCUGGAAACAAACUUUUUAAUAUGUGUAAUUGGCGCAUGUUGCACUGCAGUGAUUUUGUCUUUCACCACUCGCAUUUGUAUAUAUUUUAAAUGAUAUGGUCACUUGUUUGUUAAUGUGCAGUUUAUUUAUUUUGAAGUUGUAAUUCACUGAUUACUAAUAGUUUGACAGCUUUUGUGAGUUUCAAAUGGAACAAAAUAAACACCGAAUA